CGCCGACAACGACCGGAUCGUCCCAAGUCCAAACAUGUGCUCCCCGGGUGCGAGCCGUGGAUCUUGGUCAGGACGAAGCAGCGGCGGCGCUUUGUCCACAAUACCGACACCAGAGAGAGUCUGUGGCGCAUCCCAGAGCAUGUCGUGCCGGCUGUGCGCGAAUUCGAGCAGCACGAGAAGGAGCAGCAGGAAAAGGCCGACAACGCUGCCUGGGCGGAGCAGCAGCUCCAGCAGAUGAGGCCUCAGCAACCUCCUCCACCAGCCAUCACCGAUGUCGUCGAUGCUAAUGCUGCUGCCUCACCCCUCACCACGUACGGAUAUGACAGUGAUGGUUCGUAUGAAGAAGUCGAGGUCACAGACGACGAAGGGGAAGACGACGGCGAGCAAGACGACCAUGUUGCCGAAGCAGUGUCUGGUCCAGGUCAAUCGAAUCAAACCCUGCAGCCAACGUCGGACGAUGUGCAGCCUGAUGCGCCUGUCGAGUUCGGCGAAGACGACAUUGCCUGGCAACUUGCUGCCAUGGGUGAAGACUAUGGUCUAGACGCAGGGGAAUAUGGCGAUGAGCCAGCGGACGGUUGGGAAGAGGGAGUCGAGGGCCUGGGCUUGACAGAUGAGGAUGCUACUAACCUCUUCCGCGACUUGCUCGACGACUAUCGUAUCAGCCCAUUCACGCCGUGGGACAGGAUCAUUACAGAUGACUCGCCCAACAGCAUACUUCAUGAUGAUCGAUACACCGUCCUACCGAAUAUCAAGUCGCGGCGCGAGGCCUUUGAUGCCUGGGCAAAAGACAGGGCCGCGCAGAUUCAGGCAGAGCGCGCAACCAUGCACAAAUCGAAUCCGAGAAUACCAUAUCUUGCAUUCUUGCAAGAGAAGGCCAGCCCGAAAUUGUACUGGCCUGAGUUCAAGAGAAAGUACAAACGUGAAGCGGAAAUGAAUGACCGCAAGCUCAGUGACAAGGAUCGAGAAAAGAUGUACCGGGAUCACAUUGCUAGAACAAAACUUUCGGAGAACACACUUCGAGCGGAUCUGUAUGCACUGCUGAAGAGUGUGCCAUUGACCUCGCUCAACUCUUCUACGACUCUCGACGCUCUGCCGGAGCAACUACUUUCGCACAUUCAUUACAUCAGUUUGCCAUCGAAGAUUCGUGACCGUCUCGUAGCAGCACAUAUCGACAGCCUACCUGGCGCGCCAAACGCCGAUAGCACGACCGAGGAAGAGAGACUGUUGGCCAAUAAAAAGGCGGAAGAACGAAGGAGGCGCGAGCGGGCUCUGGCCGAUCGCGAGGCAAAGGUAUGCGAGGAGCGUAGGCGCCAGGAGAAAGAAGAGAUGCGCGCAAGAAGAGACCUGCGCGAAGGGGAGCGCGAAUUGCAGCAAGCCAUGGCUGUCAGCCGUCGA